AUGACCCACGACGAGGCACCGACGAGCCCUGUGCUGCCGCCGCCCCCGCGCGCUACAGCCAUGAUUGUGAUUGGCAUGGCCGGUUCGGGCAAGUCGACUUUCGUGUCCAAGCUCGCCUCGCAUCUCGGCCAGCGCGCAGCCUCGGCGGCGGAGGAGCCCCAUGCGACGCGCCCGUACUUGAUCAACAUUGACCCGGCCGUGUCGACCUUGGGCUACGCUCCGAACGUCGACAUCCGCGACACGAUCGACUACCACCGUGUGAUGGAAGAGUACAAGCUCGGGCCGAAUGGCGGUAUUCUCACAUCGCUCAAUCUGUUCACGACCAAGUUUGAUCAGGUCUUGCAGCUCGUGGACAAGCGCGCCCAGGAGCUCGACUACAUGGUGCUCGAUACGCCCGGCCAGAUUGAAAUCUUCACGUGGUCGGCAUCCGGCUCCAUCAUCACCGAUGCGCUGGCGACGUCGAUGCCCACGGUGCUCGUGUACGUCGUCGAUACCCCGCGUACGACGGCACCAGCCACGUUCAUGAGCAAUAUGUUGUACGCGUGCAGCAUUCUGUACAAGGCCCGUCUGCCAUUCGUGAUUGUGUUUAACAAGAUUGAUGUGCAGUCGCACGAGUUUGCCCUCGAGUGGAUGCACGACUUUGAAGCGUUUCAGCGCGCGUUGAUGGCCGGUCACGCUCGUGAUCCGUCCACGUACGCGACGUCUGGCACCAAGGAGCCGCCGACGUCAUUCGAGAGUCGCGGUGAGGAGCCCAGCUACCUCAACAGUCUCAUGAACAGCAUGAGCCUCGUCCUCGAUGAAUUCUACAAGAACCUGACAGCCGUCGGUGUGUCGUCCGCCACAGGUCAGGGUAUGGACGCGUUUCUAGACGCCGUGCAGUCGGCACGCACAGAGUACCUGCACGAUGUGCGCCCUCUUCUCGAAAAAACGGUCGCUGAGAAGCGCGCUCAGCGGACCGAAUCGCGUGAAAACCAAAUGAAAGCGCUGAUGCGCGACAUGAGCCUCCGUGAGCCGCGGUCCGGCAUGGCCAAGAUACGGUCGCAGCAGCGCGCUGAUCCGCAAGAUACCCAGGCAAAGUACGAUGGCGAUGGCGUCAUUGUAGACCCUGACUCGGACGAGGAAAAGCCCGAGUACGGCGCCCCGGGCGGAGACGAUCGUCUCAGUCAGCGAUGGAACAAUUUGGACGGCAGCUACUGGCCUACGUCCCUAUAA